GCAAUGAAGAUCGUCCUAUCUUGGCAGUCAACGCGAUCCAAUGUAAAAAUCAGCGCAUCAAUGUCAUGUGGGACUCGGGUGCCAGUGUUUCACUCAUUACUCGUCGUGCGACCCAAAGACUGGGGAUAAAGGGUAAAAAUACAACACUUUCUAUAGUAAAAGUUGGAGAUGACCACACGUCUCUCGACAGCAAAAAAGUAGAUGUUCCGCUAGAAGACCUGAAAGGGAAAAUUUGGACAGUUCCAGCAUACGAAAUUGAUGAGAUUACCGCAAAUUUAAAUCAGCUCGACGCAAAACAAAUUCAAAGUCACUUUCCAGAGAUUGACGCAUCGGUAAUCGCGAAACCGAAAGGCAAGAUCGACAUGCUAAUAGGCGUGGACUCUUGUGCCAUCAUGCCUACAGUCGUAAGAACCGUCGGGAAUAGCCAACUCCUUGAAAAUCAAUUUGGGUUAUGCGUCAGAGGCUCUUUUGAAAGGAAAAACGAAGAUAGACGAGCGACAUGUGCAAUAAGAUCUGACCCCGACGAAACUAACGUCAAGACGCCACUUCAUAUGAACAUAGAAGAACUAGGAUCAACGGAAAAGGAACUGACAAAAGACAAAGGACAAAAACCCGACCACGGAAAGAUAGAUGGCGACCUACCAGAUUGCACGAACGGUUUGCACCACAAUCUCCCGCGACCUCGUGAAUACCCGGUUACCGCUGACAUCCUUAAAAUUCACAAGUCAAUACAUCUCCGAAACUGUGGCGACCAACAUACACAUCAAUAUCUGAAACGAACCGAAACACGAACCGACAUCGACUUUGAAGAAAACCGAGCCAACGCCGACCGCUACGCCCUCACAACAUUUCGCUCACGAAACCGACUCAAUGGUGUAGUCAGCCUUACAAUUAUAGACAAGUGCAAAAAACGAAAUUCCGAAGAAAACUGCUAUGUUGAUUGUUUAAUGAAAGCAAUAACACGGGGAAGACAUGAUGCGACCAAUAUCGGCAUAGAGACACAAUAUAUUUCGAUAGAAAUAAACUGCAAGAUCAAGGACUGUACAGUAAUUGGACUAUUUGGAUCGAACACAAACGCAAAGGUGCCAAAUUUGAUACGAAAACGACUGCUUGCGAUGACAUGCGAAGCAAAUCCGAACAGUUAUAGACUCGAUACGAAAAUGCAUUUAUUAUGUAGACGACAAACCGAAAGAAUCGAAGACCCGUCCAGCAGAAGUAGCACGAGGAGUAUUACGACUCGGAGGCCCAAGACACGAUCAGCUGACAACGAAUACUGGAGAAGAUCGAACAUCGUGAUCAAAUGGAUAAUAAAUCGUCUCAUCUCACUCUUGAAAUUCGUGAUCGCGAUCGUCAGUGGACCACAUCCAAACUCCGCGCGAGCUGGUGCACUAAAUUCUUGUAAUGUGAAAUAUUUUGUUGAUCAUAAAAGUAGAAAUUUAGGAAAUUCAGGAAUAGCAAGAAAUUGGCGCACUGUAGACGAAACUUUUGUUCACAAGAAAUCGAUAAUACAUGAAAAUUUAACGAAGUUCUACGUCUCAGUGUAUUCACUUAACAGACAGGAGGCCGCGACAGACGAGACCGCGGCGCUCUGA